GGGAUCCUAUCGUUUGAGAGUUAAUUCGUGGAAAACGAGAACGAGAAGACUGUUGUGUGUAGAGGUGCAAGUUCUUUCGUGAUUGUCGACUUAGAGUUCAGUAAAAGCUAGAUGUAGUACAUUUAAAGCAACUUCGAAGCUAGAAACUGUCAAUUUUGAACAUCACAUGGAAACAAAUAACAUUGAUGGAUAGGUCAUUUAAUAUUGCUGGUGGAACAUCAGCAUCACGUAUGUUUGCACCCAAUCCUCUUCCGACAAUCAAAUUCUUAGGAAAAAGAGAGAAAUAGCUUUGUUGUAAGAGAAGACCACGAGACAAGUGCGACCUUUUAUUGUCCCCUUCUUUUACUUGUAUUUUCUUCGACCGUCAAGUCUGUUGAUAAGCAAUAUUCGCUUAUUGAUAAGUAGACUGUGAAUAAUUGGAAACAAAGGAGAAUAGUACUGGCCCCUUCCGAGGUUUGUAUUCCUGAUACGUAGUAAAGACAGGUUGCAAGAUGCAGCGUGCUGCUCGACCAGAAAAACAGGCGGGGCAUGGGUCUCGUGAGUCCACUCGGCGAGUGGAAGGGGGACUUCCGAGGCCAUUUACUGCGACGCCAGGAGCUGGAGAUGACAGUAAUAGGAAACGCAUUUGAUGUUUAUCUUCUCCGUCUAUUCGUAUCUCCCUCCUGUCAUAUUGAAUAUUUUCUUUUUCGUCGUAGCAAAGAGUGAGGCUCACCUCCAUACUCACGAGGCAGAUCAAAAUGAAAACUGAGAGGAAAAAAAGGACCGAUAUCAAGCAUGUUUCCAUCAUAAAUGACGAUGUCAGGUUGUAAAAUAUCCCUAUCUAGUCUUCCAAAACCUUCUCGUGUGCGUAACAUAGUGCGCCCUUCGAUGACUCCCCAAUGCCAGAUUUUCGUGCCACACUGCCACCAAUAGAAGGCGCUUGGCCACCGAAACUAGAUGAAGGGACGCCUGGUACACAAUUCCGAUAAUUUGUAUUUUUCUUGUGUGUGUAAUUGUGGACCUUCGUGUCGUUUUUUCUUUCCUUGCCGUAGUCAAGAAGCCCACCGGCCUUUCUAUAUGAUAGAUCACCAACAAACUCAGAAGAUAUGUUUCGUGUUGAAUAAAUAUUGAUUACAACGCGUGGUUACGAAGCGUUGUAAUGUAUUCACAUCUCUUGUCCCAAAACAUGCUCGUAGACUCGACAUAAUGCCUCCUUCGGGGACUUCCCAACACUAGGUGAAGGGGGAACGGAUGAUGGGGUGCGGAGGCCGAGAACUCAACGCACUGAUGGCGCACAAGAUUUGGGUCGAGUUGACCGUGGUAUUUUUCUUCUCCAUAUAAUCGCAACUUCCUGUGGUUUUAUCUUCCGUGCCGUAGUCAAGAAGUUCACCAAGGUUUGUAUGUGGGAAAUUACUAACAAACCCAUGAAGAAUAUAUUUUUGGUGUUGAUUAUUUUGAUUAGCAGCGACGACGAGGGUGCCUUGUUGUAGUUUACUAGACUUCAGCGCCCGAUAGCUCUCCCUCCACUAGAAUCCUCCACCUUCCUCGGCCAUUUCCUUCGCCAAGACGCGCCUCCCCCGCUCCUCUUCCGCCAGCUCGCGGCGCUUUCCUGGCGAAGUGGUCCGCGCCAGAGGAGUCGGAACAGUACAGAGGCGCCGCGGAAUUUAACAGAGGAGGCCGCUUCUGUCUCUGAGGUUUUUGAGAUGUCUCGGGGCUUGUCUGCUUUUGAGUUUAGUGCAGGGCUUUGGAUCGGGAGCCUUGAGCGCGAAGCUUCGCGCGUAAGUCUUUGAGGUGGAGACUUGGGGCGAGAUUGGUGGAAGCUUUUGGCUUGCAGCUUGAAGCUCGCGGCCGCUUUCAGUGUGAAGAUUUGGGCCUCAGCGCGCUUUGCUUUGGUUUUGAAGCUUUGGGCCUGCAAGCUGAGGCAUUGGACUCGGGCGAAGUGCUGGGCUUGAAGGGUUUGGCCUGGGGUCUUGGGUCUGAGAUUUUGUGUCUGAAGUUUUGGACUUAAGAUCUUGGGUUCGAGGCUUUAUGUUGGAAAUGUUGGGCUUCAAGCGUUUGGCCUGAAGUCUUCGCAUUGAAGUUUUUGGCCUAAGGCCUUGGGCCCGAAGUUUGGGGCUGGAGUUUUUCGAUUUGGGUUCUUGAUCUUGAAAAUUUUGAGAAGUUUGAAGUUUAAUUUUGGUUGGAAAAGUCAAAACUGUGCGGCUUUUGCGCUCUGGGAUUGAAUUCGCUGGGUUUGCGUUUCUCAAAUCUCAAAACUUUCGGCUUUAGGCAGUUUCUCUGAGGCUCAAUCCCCUGGCUUCGAAUUUCUCAAGUUUCGAAGCUUUCUGCGUUAUUUUGUCGCUUUGGGAUCAAAUUCGCUGGAUUUGAAUUUCUCAAAUACCAAAGUUCUUAAUUUUAAACAUUUUGCCUGAGAUUCAACUGCUUGGCUUCGAAUUUGUCAAAUUUCGAAGCUUUCCGCAUGAUUUUGUCGCUUUGGAACGGAUUAAAUUUGACUGAUUUGAAUUUCUCCAACCCCCCAAGUUUUUAGCUUUAGGCAGUUUCCCUGAAGUUCAAUUUUCUGCCUUCGAGUUUCUCAAAUUUCGAAGCUUUCCGCAUUAUUUUGUCGCUUUGGGCUUGAAUUCGCUGGAUUCGAAUUCCCCAAAUCCCAAAGUUUUCGACUCUAGCCAGCUCCCUUCUCUGAGAUUCAAUUUCAUCUCGGAUUUGGAUCUCUCAAACUUCGAAGCUUUCCACAUUAUUUUGUCGCUUUGGGAUUAAAUUCGCUGGAUUUCCAAACUUUUAAUUUUAAACAUUUUCCUGAAAUUCAACUUCUUGGAUCAGGGGUGCAUGAGUUCGUGAGCUGGUUCAUGAGUUCAUGCGUUCGCGCGUUCGUGCGUUCCUGAGUUCGUGGGCUUAUGGGUUCAUGGGUUUGGGGUUUGGCGGUUUUUGUGUCGGAGGUUCAGGGUUUGGGUGUUGGGGGUUGAGGUUUCGGGGGGGAAGCGUUUGCUGAAUUUUGUUGCUCUUAAUAUUCUCAUCUCUUGUCCCACUACAUGCUCGUGAGCUUGACAUAAUGCUUCUUUCGGGAAGCGCUCAAUACCAGACACUACUGGACGCCAGAAGAACAACCCAAUGGCUACAGCCGCGGACGUCAGGAAAAGUCAAAGAGGUCGUCCUACGCGUUUAUGAUGAUACAUAUUUCGAGAUUCGUAACAAAAUUGAGACCCACCUGAAUUGCAAUUUCACGUCAAGCAGAAGGAUCCUGAAGAAGACUAAAGUUCCCAUAGAAAUCACAUAGGAUAGCUGUAAAAAAAGUCCUCUUGUUCUUGUCACUACAAAACUAGCACACGUGAAAUUGAGCUGAAGUAUGUUCAAUAUCUUGGUAACCCUAAACGAGUCCUUUAUUUGUUCCUCUUUCAACAUUUUUGGGGACACAUAGUAGCGAUGUAAGCGAUCAAUCUAACAAUCCAAUCCCUGAGUAUGAUGGUGCUGAUGAACAUCAAGAUCCUGAAACCUUUGAACAGGAAGAUCAUCAGGAUAAGGCUCAAGGAUCGCGAUAAGGCUCCAAGAUCCCAGGCAAAUGAAUCCCACGAAACCGAUGACACCAAUAAAAUACCCGAUGCAGCUCCCCACUAAUUUCAUGCAUAUCCGCACCAAAAACCUAGAACUAUUUGAUUUGUAUGAACCUCAAGACCUUACAGGCUUAGGGGUUUAAGCUUUUGCAUUUGUAUAGCAUUCCGAUUAGGAUCGACGCGGAGCAGCAUCCAAGUCGCUGCCUUAUUGUGUUCGUAUUCUAAUAGAGUUAUAAGCCCUUUUACACUAGUAAAACUGCACUAGAUUCGAAGCAUCGCCUGAUUUUUUUUUUUUCGUUGUGAUUGUGUUUCUGCACCUGAUUCAAGAAAAACCAUCAUCCAUCAUCCAUCACCUUGCAACCGUAUCCCCACUAGUAUACAACAAAGAAAAUGCCUCCAUCCGGAGCCGGUGCAUCGGGCACGCCCGAGAAAAAGCGCAAGAAGAAAAGCGCAGCCGCCGCGCGUGGUGAGUAUGUCAAAGCACUAGAGGAACGCGACAAGAAACAGGCCGAAGAGCUUGAGAAACUGCGCGGGCAAGUGGAAAGACUUCAACGGGAAAAGGAUGAAAAGGAAGCCGAAGAAGACAAACGAAAGGCAGAAGAAGAAGCCCAGAAGAAGGCCGAAAAGAAGGAAGAAGAGAGGAAAGCCGAAGAGGAAAAAGAAGAAGAGAAACCCGACAAGGAUGAAGCCGAGGAAAGCGACGGCGGCCCGACAAUCAUCGAAGAAGAGAAGAAGGAAGAAGAAGAAGGCCCGACAGGUCUACGCGGACCGAAGUACAACGGAGCGCCCGCCCCCUUUGGUGCGUGGCUCAAGGCUCUCACAGCAAGAGCAACCAACGGCCAACCCCUCAACCGGUUCACCACUGUAAUCGACAGGGCCGGCGAACUUAUCAAAUGCCCGACAACUUCCGCACGCUUCUCCCGAAUCCGUGAGGAAGUGGCCGCCCAGAAUCUUACGCCAUCGAAAAGGUUCAAGGCAAUCCUUACGGCAUAUGUAUCCCGAUACGAGUCGGAGGAAGUUUUGUGGAGUAAGCUCCGGGCUAUGAACCAGACGCAGAAACAAGGGCCCCAAGCCCAAUCCUAUUGGGAGUCUUUUUCGGACGUUGCUGAAGGUUGCGGCGUGACACUCUGCCCGAAGAGAGUCGUCGACAUCUUCAUACAGAACAGCGGGCAGAAUCUUAAACAGAUUCAAAUAAUAGAUAAUCCCGCCAACCUGAACGAGGCCCAAGCCUCAGCAGCAAAGGCGGAGAAGCUUGCAACGCAACAAGGCCCGACCACCGCGCCACAGGCACAAGACCAAGGAACCCCCCCGGCAGGGUUCUACGCGGGUGACGGAGGCCAAGGAGGACGAGGAAAAGGCCGCAAGGGGAAAGGAAAAAGCAAACACCACCGCAACAACCGCGACGACCGCAGCCGCCACCGGCGUGACAGUCGUGGAAGGGGUGGACGCAACAACCGGGACCGAGAGCAACGCAACCGGCGAGACAGUCGCAACCGGGACACCAGAGACCGCCGCCAACGGCGCGACAGCCGUGACCGCGACCAGAACCGGAACCAGAACCCGAACAACAUCCCCCAGGGAUGGCAGAAGAAGGAAAACUUCUACCGCGGCGGGGCCUACCUCGUUGCACCGAGCCAGCAGCAGCCGCAACAACAAGGACACCCACAAGGACAACAAGGAAACCAGAACCCGCACGGACAACAGCAACAGCAGCAGCCGCUAUUCUUCGUGGCCAUUGCGAUGGCAUACGACGCACAAGCAGAGAGGGAAGAGUCGGCGCCCUACGUUGACGCCGAGUACUUCUCUAUGGCUGCUAUGCAAGAGACCAGCAUGUGGCUGAUUGAUAGUGGUGCCGCCGAACACAUCACCAAUCUCAGCACAGACUGCUCGAAGGUUUCAAAGAAAGUCUUCAUGACUUGCCGCGGGAAACCGGUACGCGCAACCGAAGUCGGGAAGAUGACCGCUAAGAAAGGAGACAUCACGCUUCAGCUAAGUGAAGUGUACAGUGUCCCGGACUGCCCAGUAAACGUCCUAUCUGUACGCAGAUUGGUGGAGAAGGGCGUAGUCCCUUGUUUCGCGACGGAAAAACUCCGUCUGUACCAGCAAGGACAGUGCGUGGGAGAGAUCCCCAUGCUACUCACAGGUGGCGUCUACGCUAUCUGACUGAGCGGCCAAACAGGUAAGAAGAGGAGAAGAGAACAAGACGGUGAAGAAGGAGAACCACCGCAACGAAGAAGAGGGGAGCAACAAGCGCAAGCGGCGCUUGAAGACGCACAGGAGGCGCAAGAAGAAGACGAAGAAGAAGAAGUGCGGGAGGCACAAGAACAACCAGUGCGGGAGGCACAAGCAGAAGAAGACGAGGAGGAGCUCGUAGCGAAAGAGGAGACGCAAGUCAAGCAGUUAAGAAGAAAAGUAAGUAAAAUUGCUACACAGCUGCACUUUCCCACUUUCCAAAAAUUGUGGAUGGCAGUUCGUGCACUCGUGCCACCACGAGUGACUUCCAAAGCAAGACGCAUUUGAGUUGAAUGGUGUUCCAACAACAUCACUCGACUACGGAACAUUGCGCAACCUAGAGCGAAGUAUGGUGGAUUAGAAGGCAUGCCUAUUCAGCAUUUUUUUAGUUUAGAUACGUUCGAACUAGGUGGGUUGCAUGUCCUACAUGCAAUCAACCUACAUAGUAGAUUCUCUGUAGUCUCAGCCCUGAAGAAAAGCCCGACAGGAGCUGAAGCCGUAGAGUUUUUGCAGAAAUGUCGCCGGACAGGCAUCCUAGCCGCCAAUGUGCUAGUUGAUGGAGGAAGAGAGUUCCUUAACUCAGAUUUCCUAUCCUGGUGUUCGCUACAUGACAUUGAUGCCUACGUGAGCCCCCGAGAGGCUCAGUGGGUCAAUGGUGUGAUCGAGAGACGUCACAGAACGAUCAAAGCAGUCGUUGCCAGACUUCAGCUGGUGUAUGGAGUAGCAGCAGCCACUCUGCUAAAACUCAUAUACCUAGCCGUAGAUGGUAUCAAUGAGCAGCCCACGUCUGCACUAAGUGGCCUAUCACCUUACCAGGCUCAAUUCGUUCGCCAGCCUGCUACCUUCCAACCACGUCACCCCGAAGACAUGGAAGAGGUCAGAUUAAACCAUCUGGAGCACGAUCCCCAGAUCGUACUUCAGGACUACAAAGAACGCUGCGAGACAAGAGCUGCCUUAGAAAAGGUGAAGACUGACAAAGUCUAUAUAGAUGAGCUUCGACGACUAUCAGAACAGGCCCGAGCCUACUAUGAUGAGAGUGAAACUCUCCGAGUAGAAGACCAAGUAGAAUUCUUUGACCGUUUGAAGAAGGCAUGGCUUGGCCCGGCUAGACUCAUCUAUAUCCAGCAGAAUGACAACUCCAGAACUUUCAUUAUCGACCACAGCGGGCACUACAAACGUGUCCACGAGUCGCAUAUCAGAAAGCGUAUCACCGUAGACGCAAUGAUAUUCCCCAAGGAACUCCAUCGCGUCCUAGUUAGAGUGCAUAGCGAUGGUAAGGAGUUUUAUAAUCUGCAGAAAGUCAGCAUGGCAGAACUUGCAGCGAGACUAAAGCUGGAGCGCGACCCUGUUCGUGCCCCGGGUGUAGUACGCAAAGAGCAAGCGGGACCCUUGCCCCAGCAACAAACAGAAGACCUCCCCGAGGAGGAUAGUAGCGCGCCAGUGACAGACAUCGCCACAGAUCUAGUCUAUGUCACCAGCGGCACUCUGCGAACGUAUAUCACAGGACAAGCGGACAAAUGCCGGAACAUCUUGAAAAACAGACCCGGGAUAGUCAUCUUUGGCAACACCCGAGUGAGCAAGAACGGCGAAGAGAAAAUCCGCAAGAAGAUGUCUGAACUCGCCCCCGAGUAUCAGCUACACAUCUCUGCAGGUAAACGCGACGGAUUCGCAGGCACAGCCGCGCUCGUCCGUAAGGAUUUGAACCAUUUCAAAUUCGAACAGGCCGGACUUGAGAGCGGGAGAGUGCUGACUCUUAAGUCGCCGCAUUAUCCUGCUACCAUAGUAGGAAUCUUUGCGCCAGCACGCGACGACAGAAAGAAGGUACGCGAGUGGGAUUCAGCGCUACGCACUUUUCUAAAGACCAUUCAAGGACCCCUGAUCUUGAUCGGUGCGCUUGGAAUGUGCGCCAAUAGCAAUGACUUCGACCCUGAACUCGCAGGACAUCCUGGCACAACCCUCACAGACUUCAGCGCCUACGCUGAUCUAGUGACCGCGUUAGAGCUAGUUGAUGUUCUUGGUUCGUCCCCUGACAACCAGUCUCGUGAGAUUACACAUCACCGCAAACGCACUUGCGUGGUGUGGGGCGAAACAGAAGAAGCGAAGAACGGCCAUAGCAUGAGAGUAGACCACUGCCUAGCGAGCAAAGUACUCACUCCGAUGGUGCAUAGGAUCUGGGUAGAAUUCCCCACGAAAAUCCUCCCCAGAAAGGCACCUGAGCACUAUCCCGCGAUAGUCUCUCUCAAAGAAGUAAAGCCUAUUCCGGAGGGGACGCCCUCAGCCACAAGCGAAAACAACAGCAAGAAACAAAGCCCCCAGGCUGCAAUGCCUCCGCGAGCCCCAGUGGGUACCUCAACGGGAGCUCCAGGGCCUCCAGCAGAACUCGACCAGUCUGCACCAGGUCAACAGGCUCACACGGUCAACAGCCCUGAACCUGGAGAACCCGGCCCGGCUCAGGCACCAGCCCACGAGACACACCGAGGAAACGAACCGAACGCCGCAAAAGGAAAAAGAGGACCACCUCUGAGAAUUUCUUUAACGAAGAACUAUGUAGAUUCACUCUAUAGAAAGCUCAAAGAGCAGGAGCGAGCUAAGCUCGAGGAAGUUCGGCAAGCAAUGCCGCAAAGCAGUGGACGCCUCCACUGGCGUGAAAAGAAAACAGGAAUCCAACAGAUUCAGGAACUACUGCACACCCUACCGGGCACCGAUGUCCUUAGACAGGGGCAGCUAAUCGACGCUAGUUCAAAGCUCUACAAAGAGUUAGAAGAAGAUCCAGAGUUCUUAGACGCAGAAAGCUUCCAACAGGCUUUCACAGCGGCGCUCUUUCACCUCGAGGAAGGAGAAGAACUAGUCGGCACCUUCGCAGCAGGAGAAGAACUCCCCGAGGACUACAAUACUCCCGAGUGGAAAGCAGCAAUAGCAAAAGAAUUGCGGGCCCACUCGCACGUGUUCAGAAAAGCAACAGACAGAGAAAUAGAAACCUACACGCGUCAACUGAUGCCGUGUAAGCUUCUACUAUCAACGAAAAGGUGUGGACGUAAGAAAGCGCGAAUUGUGUGUAUGGGAUUCUUAGCUCCACCCUCGGAACUAAGUACCUUUGCGAAUGUGUGUGACAUGAGUGUCAUCCGAAUGCUACUCGCCAUCACGGUGGCAAGCCAGGGAUCAGUCACAAUUUUUUCCGCUGACGCAACUUCGGCAUUCUUACAGUCACCAUACCCAGGGCACGCUUUACUUAAAUUUGAUGACAAACUGGCCACCCAGUUAGGUUAUCCGAUUGGUAAAGUUCUGUAUGCUAUGAACGGUCUCAAAUUGUCACCAGUUGCGUGGCAGCGCCACCGAGAUGCCACCCUAGCGCAACUUGGCUGGGCACAAUGCUCGGAAGAUGUCACAAUUUGGAUAAAGGGGACCACUCUCCUACUAAUCUUUGUUGACAACUUUUCCUACUUCGGCAAGCGAGACGAAAUUCUCCACCAUUAUGGAGAGGUGAAGGACUCGCUAAAACUUGUCGAAGAGCCUAAGCGUGAAACAACCACAGAGAUCACCUAUGAUUUUCUUGGAGUAGCCGUGAGCAUCAACAAAGAAACCCACGCUGUGACAUUUGACCAAAGUGAAUACGUGAAGAAGCUAAUGGCGCGACUUGGAGGGGAAGAAAGUAAUCGACGGGUUACUACACCGAUAGAAACCGCGCCAAAGCUUCUCCCAGCAGAGGUUCCAGCUCUAGCAAAGCCUAAGAUGGAGCUUACAGGUUCACUACAGUACUUAGCCACAGCUACACGCCCUGACAUUGUAGUUGGCUUAAAGGUACUCAGCUCAGCAAAGGCAAGCGAAGAGGUAGUAGCAGGCCUCCGUAGGCUUAUCCGCUAUCUCAGAACAAAAAGGCUACUUGUCUACAAGAACCGCGGAGAAUUCGAAGGCAAGAUAGUUCUUACAGUUUGGACUGAUAGUGAUUGGGCAUCCUUACAGACCCUCACUGAUUGGCGUAGUAGUAGCGGUGUGCUAGUCUGCAUCAACGGAAGCCCAAUUCUGUGGAAAUGCAAGACGCAGCAUUCAGUUGCCACUUCAGUAAGUGAGGCGGAAAUCUUUGGUGCUUCCGAAGGUGCCAAGGAUGGUUUUAGAUUUCGCAACCUGUUACUUUCGCCAGAAUUCACAGCUUUCCUCACCCACCAUGGUCUAACCUUUGAUCCAAUCAUGAGGAUGGCUGGUGAUAAUCAGGGCGGAAUUAAGUUUGCCACCACAAACCAACACGCAGCCAGACUGAAGCAUAUCUCAAUCCGUGAUGCCUUCAUCAAGGAAGUGGCAUCAAAAGGAAUCGCUAAGGCGUACUACGUUCCCACCAACUUGAACCGAUCUAAUGCCCUUAGCAAGAUCACAACAGGCGUAGAGUUCAAGCGAGGCCUUGAGCAGCUUGGCCUUGUAUCUUACCCCCAGUAAGAUCCCCCUUAAGUCUUGAGCCAAGGUGGUUGCGUGGACGCACGAAGGAUUCCCAUCUUAAGCCGAUUAGAUAUGACAGCCUAACUUCUAAUCUUAAUCUCACCGUUACUAUCUUCUAUCUAUUCUAACACCAAGGAACAACCGCAGAAAAGCUUAGGAGCUGCGAGAAGACAAGCCAACCAGAGGAGAAAACAACACGGGGACAGCAUGAAGAAGAAAGUGAAGGAAAAGAGGAAGACAAGAAUAAAAAGAAUUAUUUAAAUGUACCAAGGGUUCGCUUUAUGUCAUCUUGCAUUGCAUUACUGUCCUGGGACUUGGAGCCGGAGGGGAUGUAAGCGAUCAAUCUAACAAUCCAAUCCCUGAGUAUGAUGGUGUUGAUGAGCAUCAAGAUCCUGAAACCUUUGAGCAGGAAGAUCAUCAGGAUAAGGCUCAAGGAUCGCGAUAAGGCUCCAAGAUCCCAGGCAAAUGAAUCCCACGAAACCGAUGACACCAAUAAAAUCCCCGAUGCAGCUCCCCACUGAUUUCAUGCAUAUCCGCACCAAAAACCUCGAACUAUUUGAUUUGUAUGAACCUCAAGACCUUACAGGCUUAGGGGUUUAAGCUUUUGCAUUUGUAUAGCAUUCCGAUUAGGAUCGACGCGGAGCAGCAUCCAAAUCGCUGCCUUAUUGUGUUCAUAUUCUAAUAAGCGAUAACCACCCGCGCUGGCGCUCCUUCCUCCAAGCCGAAGAGGAUGACGACUCUAUCACCGGCACUGCCGCUACGACGACGUCUGAAAGUGGUGCGAUGGAUAUGAAUACGAGUCUCGUCUUGGGCGCCUCAACUGUCAUCGUCGUGCUGGGUCUCUACCUCUGUCGCCGCCAGUUGCGCUCUUGGUUUUGUCCGAAGCGUGCUGUUCCGCUUUUUCCAGCUACAUCCGAUGCCAAGGCUCAGAGCUACGGCUCUCUGUCGGCCAUGGAAAAAGUUUAGAGGUACUUCUUUCUAUUUCUAUGUAUAAUAGGUUAAAUUUGAAUUCUUCUAAAUGUGAUGAUUUAAAUUCUUUGAAUAAGGAAUAUUAGACGAUUUUGUUGGUUGAAUGCAAGAAGGGUCCUCCUAAGAAUUCGAUAACACAAACCACUUUGCAGGUAUCUCGAACUCUCGGAAAAAGGAGAAUACGAAUGUACCAAUUUGAGCGUCUACCAUAUUGGAGGUAUGGAGAGGAGCCGUUCACUUCUUGGGGAGAAUUUCUAGGAGGUACUUUUUUUUCGAUUACAGGACCCUACCAUCGGAUAAUGAUGAGAAUUGAUUCGAAGUACUUCUCUGUAGUGAAACCUUGACGGGAUCAUCAAGUAUGUUUUGUUUGGCAUGAAGAAUGUUUUUAUUCCUAAGAAUUAGACACCGUAAACCAACUGCUCUUCUUCUUCUCAGGUAUCUUACAACGCUUUGGGGAAGAGAAUAGUGUACCAAUUAGUACUGCUCGAGAAUUACGGUUCGUUGGUACGGCAACUGCAGAAGCAAAAUAGUUGGCGACUAAAACUUCAGAGACCCUAAUCACUACAUGGAUGUCUGCAGUAGCGAAGAGAAUCUGAGCUGUAGCUGCCUGAAUUGCAGUAGCGACGAGAGUCUGAGAUUGCUCCCAAAGCAGAGGUAACGAUGCCUACCCUUCAGAAAGUAACAAGUGUUGGCUUUACUUAGACCUCCGUGCUGAAGAGGUAUUUGAAUCCGCGACAGCUGUCGCGUUGGUAACCACUAUCGUUUGACGUAAAAACCGUGAUUCUUGACAUCUUGAGAAUUUAUGCAUAGUCACCCUACUGCACAGUUUGAAAAUUCAUAUGAUGAGUCUCUCACUAGUGUUGCCACUACGUCGAGGCUUGUGUGUAUGAGAAUUGCCAAUAAUGAUUCACGUUUCCGAAAAAAAUUAUAAUGAUUUGCACAACUACAUUUUCACGAAGUUUGCUACGUAGAACGUUCCUGAAAAUAGACUUAACAACCCGACUGCUCCAUCACGUAAUCAUCCCCAACAUUUAAGUGCAUACAACAGGAUCUCGAUCGCAUAAAAACAUAAAUCGUUUUCCGUUUCUGUUGAACAUCUACCAUGAAGUAUACACGUAAUUCAUAUCAUUCGCUAUCCUUACUUGCAUGCGUUGAGAAAAAGAAAAAUCGGUCUUCGUCCUACCAUCUCUUCACCAAAUUACAUCAAAUUGUUGAAACAUAUGAAUAUAGAUCGUCAUUAUCCUAUCAUGACUCAUACAAAUUUAUCUUCUGGUUCUCUUGCCUUCAUCAUAUGAAAUACGAACACGAGGAAGAACGUAUGA